CUCAACCUCAACUGCUGUGUCUUCCUUGUGAAUUCACCUCUCCUCCGUUCGUCGUCCAGAUAAUUCACUGGCUUCGUCUCUCGAUGCUCAGCCUUGUCAUGACGCUAUCUGCCAGCUGCUGUCACUGCUAUGCAGCGAGCGGACUGAUAGUCCUUGCUUUUCCUUGACUCGACUCCACCGUUACCUCAGGAAUGACCUGGAUCACCUCCGAACCGAUCACCUUACCUGAACACCCUCUGUAACAACGCUUAAACACCAUGGGUGCCUUGAGUGUUCCUCCGCAGGGCCUGACCCUACGACACAACUCCAAGCAUAACACCGGAGACAAACGAGCCAGCGAACCCUCCCAAGUGAUCCGCUUGGACCUGGUUGAGAACGUCACAAAGGAAAUACUUCGAUCUCUCAAAAAUAAUGAACAGGUCAAACUCAGAUGUGGAAAGAGACCUCUCGUGCAGUUUGGGAAGAAGGCCAUACCUCUGAAUAGCAGUGUCGACGCUUUCCCAUCUGAGAUCUUCACAACCCGGGCCGAUGAUUCCGAUUUGCUAUACUUCUCUGGAAAAUCAAGCCAUAGACUGGAGGUACAGAAAGCAGUGGAAGAUACUGCUAAAAGUGAUGAGGCACUGGCUACUCUUGAAAACACCCUCAAGUCGAUACAAGAACAAAGAGCGUCCAACGAGACCAGCAUCAUAGGUGGCAGAGGAGAGUUGAAACAUGUGGGCAGGAAGGACAACAGACCGUCACCACUGCUGGCGCCAGGCUCGACGCUCAGGAAAGAUCUUCUGGGAGGAUUGUCAACUUCGAGGCCAUCGAGCCCUUUCUUGUCCGCUUCCUUCUCUCCCAGGUUAGGGCCUACAUCUACUCCUCUGACUCCUGGGAUGUCCGCAAAGGACAGAGUGCGAUUGGAUGCUGUUCGAAUCCCGCUGGUUCACCUCCUUGCCAUUCGGCCUAUGACUCUCAAGGAAAUCUCUAAGCAGCUCCAUGCUCCCAAGGACGACUGUGAAAGGCUGAUAGAGAAGGUGGCCAGAGAUUCCAAAGCAGGUGAUGGGAUGAAGGAGCUGAAGGAGAAGACCUAUCGUGAGUUGGAUGUGUGGAAGUUCCCUUAUCGAUCCCAGGAGGAUAGACAGAAGGCGAUCGACCAUGCCGUCCAGGCCUAUGAUCGUAUGCGAGUAGAAAAGAAGGACAUCCUGUGGCAACUACUGUUGCCUCGGGAUGAGCGAGGUAAAGGCAUCAUCCUUUCGAGGCUCAACUUUGACAAGCCUGUUGCACCCAAACCCGAGCGUCUUGCGGACAAUAGCAAUGAGAGUAAGGCUGAGCUGUCCGACAGAGAGCUUGGGAAGACGAAAGUGAAGAAGGAUGAAACUGUGGUCGUCCAGAAGAAGGCAAAGGACAAGCCCAACAGUUCCAAGUCCCGUCUUAAUGGAGACACAUCUGGGGAGGUUCGUGGGAAGAACACUCCGCAACCGCAAAGCAAGGCUGCCAGACCCGAUGGCAAGUUCAAAUCCUCCGAACGAAUAGAAGACUCUGAUGAGGAAGCCGACACAGUGGAAGUCAUCGGCGUCAAACCAAGUCACACGAAAACUUCGACUGCGAACAAAAAGCCAGAUCAAGAUAAUGCGGGGACUCCGAAACCGACACAUGUAAUUCUAUCACCAAGGAAGAUAGUACACAAAGCGUCAGAUUCAAGUUCCUCUUCGAGUGGAAACGAGCAGGUGCGAUCAGCACUUACGAAUACUUCACAGUCGUUGAAACCUCAACCCAAAUCGGAAAGUACGGCCUCCCGCAUUUCACCCAGACCAAGACACGAUAGUUCACCGUCAAAACCUUCGCCACUAGGAUCAUCACCGCCCACCACCUCUACCGAUCUCGACAAUUCCAGCUCGAGCAAGGCUUCGAAUCAAUCGUCAGCUCCAUCGUCUCCGCCGUCUAGUGUAGACAUGCCGAAACGAAAGCAAGGUACCAAAUACUCCCCCGUGGUCCGGGACAAGAGUCAACCUGUUUCGCGAGGAAGGAGUCCUGACAGGAGCCCAGCAAAACGGAAAGUUGCGCCGACAGACGAAGAACGACCUGCGAAACGGCAACAGCCGGAUUCCGCUCGUCUUACGCCUGUAGCGAAUGUCACAGCUGAGCAGCUUAAACGGCCUGCUCCUGUCCGAACCGAAUCUGAAUCUGAAAGAUCCACGUCACCCGAAAAGCCGGGGCCAAAUCGACAUGAUAUUAUUCAGGAUGCAAAACGGUUUCAUAGAUACUACCAAAGAUACAAGGAUCUGUACGAUCGAAUCUCACAGAUGGAGGAGAAGGAACGUGAUGAUAAAGACAUGAAUGAUCUGUGGAGGAUGCACAAACGGCUGAAGGAGAUGAAGGCUGAUAUCUGGAACAACUGGGGCAAGGUCGAGAAGGCAGACACAAAAGUUGUUGAUGCGGUGAGGGAAAUGGUGGCUGUCUAAAAGGAAGCAACACAUCCAUGCAUUUUGCGGAAUUGUUUUAGGGUAUGGCAAUACUCUGUAAGUAAGGACGGCCUUUUGACGAAUCUAUCAUAAGACAUUACAAACAGAACCCCUUCACCAGCGG